AUGGCGACGAACGUGACAGUGUCAUUGGACCAGGUUCCGGUGAUGGCAAGUGCAGUGGCGCCGACAAUCGUCCCGCGACCGGUGACAGCGCCGGUGCCGGUUGGUGAUGGUGGUGUGCCAGACUCGGCACCCGUCUCACAGCCUGUGGUCGCGGUACCUUCGGCACCUUUUGAUGCGCGGCUGAUACCGGAGUUUGACGGGACCGAAGAUGUGGUCAGCUGGCUGGCGCGUGCUGAGAUGCUGUGCCAGCUGAGGGGAGUGGCCGCCGAGACUGUGAUUCCUCUGCGCCUCGCUGGCGGUGCUUUCCACGUAUGGUCCCAGCUGCCGGCGGCCAGUCGCUGCUCGCUGACGGCCGUGAGAGACGCCCUCCAGGCGGCGUUUGCUCUCGAUGAGUACGCCGCCUAUGAAGCGUUCGCCGCUCGGCGACUGAUGCCAGGAGAGUCGGCGGACGUAUUCCUCGCAGACCUCCGCCGGCUGGCGGCGCUGUUCGGAGGAGUGCCGGAGCGAGCGCUGGCAUGCGCAUUCGUGGCAGGCCUGCCGGACAGCGUCCGGCAGAUGAUCCGUGCUGGCUGCCGGGCAGAUGGACUGGACCUGUCGUCGGUGCUGGCGCGCGCUCGCGCUGUACUGACCGACGAGCGGCUCUCCGCAGCAGCAGCAGCGGCGCGUCGGACUGUGCCGCCGCCGGCUAGCCACCCACCUGCGGCGCCUGGUCCCGGCCAGCCGCCGGUGCCGACGCGUGGACGGCCUCCGCGCGUGCCGCGUCCGCUGAGAUUGAGCGGUGCGCUGCCGAUUACACGCCUGCACGUGGACGGACGAGAGUGCACGGUCCUCAUCGACACCGGGAGCACCGACACCAUCAUCUACGCGCCAUUCUGUGCGCAGUGGAGACGACGGGUGGUGCGCGUCACCACGAUCAGCGGCGACGACCUGAAAUGCAGCGGCAUUGGCAGUGUAACGGUGGAGGCGCCGACGGGCCAUCGUGCCGCGCUUGAAACGCUGGUGGUGGAGGAGCGGCCGCUCGGCGUGGAUAUGGUGCUCGGGGUCAGCGGUAUCUCGGCUCUCGGGGGCGUGACGGUGCUGUCCCCCUCUGUGGUGCGGUUCUGUGGAGCAGUGUGCCGUGCGCCGCCAGACAUUGAGACGCCGGACUUCCGGGUGCAGUUCAACGCGGCUGACCGGAAGUGGUCGGUUGCAUGGAAAUGGUCUGAUGGAAUAGGACCCCAGUGCCUCACGAACGCUGUGCCGCAGUAUGCUGUGCCGCCCGCCGCUCGUCACGAGUUCGAGACAGAACUUGACGACUGGAUAGAGCGGGAGUGGCUCGUGCCGUAUGACGAGCGGCGGCAGGGGCCGCCGAAAGGGUUGGUGCCGCUAAUGGCUGUGGAGCAGCGCAAUCGGGGGAAAGUUCGACCGGUGCUGGACUACCGGGAACUGAAUGACUUUGUGCAGCCUCACACAGCUGACAGCGACGUGUGCGCGGAACAGCUCCGCAAGUGGCGCCGGCACGGCGCAAAUGUGGCGGUCGUGGACCUGAAGCGUGCCUACCUCCAGCUGCACCUGGAGGAGCGACUCUGGCCGUUUCAGACGGUGAUGGUGCGGGGGCAGCGAUUCUGCUUGACCCGCCUAGGUUUUGGUUUGAAUAUCGCGCCCCUCGUGAUGAAGGCUGUCGUACGUGCUGUGCUCGAUCAGGACCCCGACAUCGGGCGUGCCGUCCUCCCAUAUGUGGACGAUCUCCUUGUAAAUGAGGACAUUGUCAGUGCCGAGCGCGUGGUGGCGCAUUUCGCGCAGUUUGGGCUGGACUGUAAGCCGCCGGAGCGGGCGGCCAGUGGAGCGCGGCUCCUGGGCCUGCGGGUGCACGAGGAGAACGGACAGCUGCGGUGGAAGCGGGACAAUGCCGUGAGCGCGCCGCCAGAACGUGUGACUCGCCGGUCUGUGUUCGCGUGGUGCGGACAGCUAGUGGCCCACGUACCAGUGUGUGGGUGGCUUCGACCCGCGGUUGCAUGGCUUAAGCGGCGUGUAAAUGAGCUGACGCGCGGAUGGGACGACAUCACUGAUGACUCCGCGCUGCGCGUGCAGAUGGACUGUAUCGCGAGUCGCCUCGCCAGUGACGACCCGGCCCGUGGCGUGUGGUGUGUCGACGGGGACGAGGUGGUCGCCUGGACAGACGCCAGCUCGCUGGCCACCGGAGUGGUCCUGGAAAACACAGACGGUGAGGUGAUCGAGGACGCAUGCUGGCUCAGGCGAGACGACGCUGUACACAUAAAUAUGGCCGAACUCGAUGCCGCUAUUCGAGGCAUCAACUUGGCUGUUGCGUGGGGCGCACGGAGAAUCGACCUCCGAACCGACUCGGUGACGGUGAAGCGGUGGAUCGACGACGCGAUCAGUGGCCGCGCGCGCCUCCGUACUAAAGCCAGCGGUGAGCUGCUCAUCCGGCGGCGUGUGGCGAUUAUCCGUCAGCUGGUCAUCGAGCUGGAGCUCCGUCUGACCGUGGCGCUCGUUCGAUCGGCGGAUAAUCGCGCUGACGCACUGACUCGAGUGCCCAGGGAGUGGCUCCGAGACGAUCUGACGACGACAGUGAGCGCGGCAGCCGUGAGCGCGGCUGGCGAGCCGUCGGCAGUGAGCGCAGCUGCUGUCAGCGCGGCUGCAGCGGGCGAGCCGUCGGCAACGUGGCACAGACUGGCCAUUGAUAUAACUCAUUAUGGGGGCCAUCCGUACCUCAGUGUAAUCGACUGCGGGCCGUCGCGGUUCACUGUGUGGCGGCCGCUGCGACGGCAGGACAGUGUGUGCGUUAUUCAGCGGCUGGAGGAGAUAUUUUUUGAUCGAGGAGCUCCGGCGGAGCUGUUGUGUGAUAACGAUCCUGUGUUCCGCGGCCGACCGUUUGCCGUGCUCGCCGCGCGCUGGGGAGUGGCGGUGAGGUUCCGGGCGGCCCAUGCACCGAGCGGGAACGGUGUCAUCGAGCGCUGCCACCGGACAGUGAAAGUGAUCGCCGCCCGGAAACGGUGCGAUAUCGCCGAGGCGGUGCACUUGUAUAAUGUGACGCCGCGUGACGGCGAGGCGGUGGCCAGCGCCCCGUUUUGUGGCGUGUACAGUCCUCCAGCCGGCUCCAGUUGA